AUAGUGUAGCAGCUUUAGCUAAAUUAGAAAGUAGAAAUUGGAAUAAGUUAGCUAGACAAAGAUUAAGAGUAAGGAAUUAUGACUUAGUAAAAUAUAUUAUAGAUAUAGCAAAAAUGAAAGAAUUACAGUUAGAAUUAGAAAAG